UCACUCGCACAUCAAAAGCUACUCUAACAAGCACAGCACAACAUCCAAUGGUUGCCCUAUCCCCCAGCUUCCUUCAGCUUCCCAGCAUUCACUCCAAGACCUCACAAAAACCUAACAAGACUACGCCGCCUUCAUCUUCGUCUUCCAGUAAACAUCCUCGGCUUAGAGUUUCCGCUUCUUACGCUACUACACAACAUACAACCUUCCAAGUGGCCAUGUCAGGCUCGUCCCUAUACGAGGUCCUUGGGAUCUCUGCCAGUGCCACCUUCAACGAGAUCAAGGCCGCCUAUAGGAGACUCGCAAGGGUGUGCCACCCUGAUGUUGUGGCUAUCAACAAGAGGGAGAAUUCCGCCAGUGAGUUCAUGAGAAUACACGAGGCCUACUCGACCCUCUCAGACCCUGACAAGAGGGCGACCUAUGAUCGGGACCUCUACGGGCAUGCCCAGGCAUUCAGCUCUCUGAAUUCUGCUAUGAUGGCAGCUACUGCUGCAUCAAUGAAUAUGUCAUCCCCGUCCCCUUUUUCCGGGUUUUCCGGCAAAAGGUGGGAGAGUGACCAAUGUUGGUAGCUCAUCAACUAAUGAAAAUUAGAUUAUUAUCAUAUAGUUGCUUCCUCUGAUUCAACUAUUUUCAAAUUUCAAGAACAAAGGAAAGGUGGCAUGAUGAGAAUUCGUAAUUUCUCCGACCGGAAACACAACCGAUCAUUAACUACCCGUGAAGUUUUAUGCAAUACGACACGAGAACAUGUUCCAGGCCACAUCCAUCGUUGUACCCGGAAGAGCUAAGGGACUGAUUCGAGAUGUUUCAAAUGGCACUAUCAUAGUCGAAUGUGAACAAAAAACUUUCACCAAAA